AGCGUGCCAAUAAGAAAGCGAAACGGAAGAAACCAAUGGAAAAAAGGAGAGAAUAGAAUAAAAAUUCCACCUCCCCGAAAGCCGAAACCCCCCUCGUCGAAUACAUCCCGUCGGCCGACGAGUGUCGCCGCCUUUGCCUCUUUCCUUUUCUCUCACUCUCCUUUCGUUUUCGCUGAACUGUAGCUUGCCGCAGGAAACCAAACAUCGCUGCCCUCCUCGCUGCAACUCUUGCUUCAACGCUGCCGGUGUCAAGACUCAAGAUAUUAGGUAGCUUGUUUGAGGUGAAGUCAAUCCUCGAAAAUGGCAGCGUAUGUAGUUGCUCGGCGCCGGUCACUUGGGUGGAUCACUUCACAACUUGGCGAGUCAUCUCCAUCAGUGGUCCGUUGUGCUACUCUAUGGAGAUCAUAUUCAACUUCCUUCAGGGAAGAGCGAGACACUUUUGGACCUAUUCAAGUUCCAUCUGAUAAAUUGUGGGGUGCACAAACUCAGAGAUCAUUGCAGAAUUUCGAUAUUGGUGGUGAGCGAGAGAGAAUGCCAGAGCCAAUAGUUCGUGCUUUUGGCAUCCUGAAGAAAUGUGCUGCAAAGGUGAACAUGGAGUAUGGCCUUGAUCCAGCAAUUGGUAAGGCCAUCAUGCAAGCUGCCCAAGAAGUCGCUGAGGGAAAGCUAAAUGAUCAUUUUCCUCUUGUUGUGUGGCAAACUGGCAGUGGGACUCAAAGUAACAUGAAUGCUAAUGAGGUUAUUGCCAAUCGAGCUGCUGAGAUCCUUGGCCAUAAGCGUGGUGAAAAGUAUGUGCACCCAAAUGACCACGUCAAUAGAGCUCAAUCUUCUAAUGACACUUUUCCAACGGUGAUGCAUAUUGCUGCCGGAAUGGAGAUAAACUCGAGAUUAAUUCCGAAAUUGAAUACUUUGCACUCAACCCUUCAUUCAAAGUCUAUUGAAUUUAAGGACAUUGUUAAAAUUGGCCGUACUCAUACUCAAGAUGCAACACCUCUGACACUUGGCCAAGAGUUUAGCGGCUAUACCACUCAAGUGAAGUAUGGAAUUGAUCGCGUCUCCUGCACUCUGCCUCAUAUAUAUCAGCUAGCACAAGGGGGAACAGCAGUGGGGACUGGAUUGAAUACUAAGAAAGGGUUUGACGUGAAGAUUGCCAGAGCAGUAGCCGAGGAGACAAACCUACCAUUUGUCACUGCAGAAAACAAGUUUGAAGCUCUGGCUGCACAUGAUGCCUUUGUUGAAUGUAGUGGAGCUCUGAAUACAAUCGCUACUUCUUUGAUGAAGAUUGCCAAUGACAUAAGAUUGUUAGGAAGUGGUCCAAGAUGUGGUCUGGGUGAGCUCAUUCUUCCAGAAAAUGAGCCUGGCAGCAGCAUUAUGCCGGGGAAGGUUAAUCCCACUCAGUGUGAGGCACUUACGAUGGUCUGUGCUCAGGUUAUGGGAAAUAAUGUGGCCAUCACCGUGGGUGGAUCAAAUGGUCACUUUGAAUUAAAUGUAUUCAAGCCAAUGAUUGCAAGUUGCCUCCUACAUUCUGCAAGACUACUUGGGGACGCAUCUGCUUCUUUCGAAAAGAACUGUGUGAGGGGAAUUCAAGCAAAUAAGGAGCGUAUCUCAAAGUUGUUGCACGAGGUUAGACAUUUUGACAUUCACACACCAUCUGCUGUUUCGCGCUUGAUCCUGACACGUGCGAUAAACCUGCAGAAAAUUGGUUACGACAAUGCUGCUGCAGUCGCCAAGCUUGCCCACAAGGAAGGAAGCACCCUGAAGGAAGCGGCUCUGAAACUCGGAGUCCUGACAAGUGAGGAGUUUGAUACCCUUGUGGUACCUGAGAAAAUGAUUGGACCUACUGACUGAUAGAGUUCUUGAGGAGUUUCCUUUCUGGAUUCCCUUGAGCAAACUGAUUGUUUAAUCUUGGGAUUCAUUUUUUCUUCUUCUUUUGUCACUUGCACAGUGAGUGACGAUUGAUACUCCAUUUUUUCCCCAUUCAAUAAUCGACAUAUUGUUAGAGUUCUCCUUCCUGGACUUUACAGGCGGAGAGAUCAACUGAUGAGGGGCAGAGUAGCUAAAUAAAACAGGGAAGUGACUUCUCCACAUUCAUUUUGUAGACAAAUACAGAACAGUCUUAGAGAUAUUUCCGUUGCUUUGUGAAAGGGAUACCUUUAAGUUACAUCAUAGUGCUUGUCUUGAUUGCUUGAUCUUCUUCGGUAGGGAUUACUUAUUAUUUAAAUCUAGGUAAUAUCUUUGUAUGGCCGAAAUUUUUCACAUAGUAAACAUCCGCCCAAUC